AUGGGAUUGAAUCCUGAUACCAUCUCUUACACCUCCAUGAUAGCUGGCUUUUGUAAAAAUGGAUAUGUGAAUGAGGCCUUCAAAUUGUUCAAGAAAAUGCCACAUAUGCCUUCUGUUGUUCCUUAUAAUUGCCUCACUGAUGGAUGUUGCAAGGUAAAUAGAGUGGAUAAGGCUUUAAUGUUGUAUCGGAGAAUGCAAAAACUUGGGGUUACUCCAGACAUCGUCACGUGCACAAUUCUUAUUAAAGGAUUAUGCAAGAGGAGCAAAGUGGAAAAAGCCUAUAAACUUUUCAGGGAAAUGAGACUGGAUCCUGAUAAGGUCGCUUACACCUCCAUGAUAGAUGGCUUAUGUAAAAUGAGAUAUGUGAGUGAGGCUUUUGAAUUGUUCGUGGAAAUGCCAGCGAAGAUGCCUUCUGUUAUUACAUAUACUUGCCUGAUUGAUGGAUUUUGUUGUUAG